UUUUCAGUUAACAAAAUAUAUGGGGUUCUUUGAGGUGGCCCCCAAAGGAUGCCCUGUGAGGGGCUGCAAUGUGGAAAAAGAGUCCUCAUCUGAGACUCCUGCAAAGCUCCUGUGACUGUCUCUUGGCACUGUCAGCAUGAAGGUGUUGAGCAUAGGGGCAGGUCACAAAGUCACCAUGUCAACCUUCCUGUCCCAUCAUAACCCUACAGUGUUUUGUCCCAAGGUGGGGGAAGGAUUCCUCAGGUAGUUGGGGGAAGGACACCCCAGAGCAGCUGCCUCCCCAGUCCCUGUGCCCUGAGUAUUCCAGGUAGAGUGCUACCUGGUGGUAGGUUAGAGGCAGUGAUCCUUACCCCUAAAUUCAGGCAGAGGUGGUAGAGAAAGAUUCCAUGUGACCUUCCACAGCAUCCCAGGAGCUAGCAAAGUCCCAGGGACAGUCAACAUGAUGAGCCACAGUCCCUCCAUGCCUUGUUCGGCACUCUUUCUGCUCCUGCUCCUGUUGCUUCCUCCCACUUUUAAAGGUGGGAGCCUACGAUACCAUGGUCCUGGCUGGAAAUUAUUCCACCGCCUGAGCAAAGGCUUCAGAAGUUCCCACCAACGCCAGACACAGCAAAUGAGGCAAAACGUGCCUCAGGGUCAAUCGGGAGAUGAUUGUCAGGGGAUUUUCGACCUCUACCUCAUCCUGGACAAAUCAGGCAGUGUGGCGGACAACUGGAUCCACAUUUAUUCAUUUGCAGAGGGUUUGGUGAAGAAAUUCACAAACCCUAACCUGCGAAUCUCCAUCAUUACCUACUCAACAGAGGCUGAAGUUAUCCUGCCACUCACCUCAGACAGAAAAGAAAUCAAUAAGAGCCUUCUCGUGCUUAAGAACAUAGUGCCUCAAGGACUCACACACAUGCAGAAAGGACUUAGAAAGGCAAAUGAACAGAUCCGAAAAUCCACCUUGGGAGGCCGCAUUGUCAACAGCGUGAUUAUUGCUAUGACUGAUGGGCUAUUACUGCUCAAGCCAUAUCUUGACACUAUGGAAGAGGCCAAAAAAGCCCGGAGAAUGGGAGCAAUCGUUUACACCGUGGGUGUUUUUAUGUAUAGCAAACAGCAGUUGGUGAAUAUUGCGGGCGACCCAAAUCGCUGUUUUGGGGUUGAUGAAGGGUUCUCUGCUCUGGAGGGCGUCGUUGACCCACUUACUUCCAAGUCCUGUACUGAAAUACUAUCCGUGCAGCCUACCUACGUUUGUGCAAAAGACUUCUAUCAAGUAAACAUUAGUGGACAUGGGCUUAAUAAUACAAGCAAUAUGAAGCAAGUCAUUUGUAGAUUCAAGUUCAGUGACUCCAAAGUCGUUGAUGAAAGUCCCAGUGAUAUGAAUGAGCACAGUAUAACCUGUCCUGGACCAAAGAUAAAACACACUGGCGAGGACGUUUCUCUUCAAGUCAGUCUCAACAAUGGCAUCUCCUUCAUUGGGAACAAACUCAUUAUAACCAGUACCAACUGCUGGAGUCCUAGGGCAUCACAAGGCAUCGUGUUCAAGAGGACCUGGCUAAUGUUCCUGCCAGUCUUGCUGGUGACUCUACUCUUGCUGUGCUGCACCUGGAAGCUUUGCAUAAAGCCUAAGAAGCUGCAGCCACCUCCCCCAAAGCCAGAGAAGGAGCCAGAGGAAGAGAGCCCUCCUCCUGCAUCACCACCAGCUCCUGCUCCUGCUCCUGCUCCUGGUCCUGGUGCUGGUGCUGGUCCUGGUCCUAGUCCUAGUCCUGGUUCUGGUCCUGCUCGUUCUCCUGUUCCUGCUCGUCCUCCUCCAGCUCCAUUGCCUGCCAACACAAACCCUACUGUGAUCGUUGCCUGCUGUGGCUGUGGCAACAGAGGCAUGCAGGGAAACCUGGACACAUGCUGCGACUACUUUCACCCAAGCUGCCACCCGAUGCCAUUGGUUUGGUGUCAUCCCAAGGCGCAGGGAGGAUAUCCCGGCUUCACUGUCAUGAAACCCAGCUGCUCACAGGCCUCCUACCGCCAAAAGCACUGCCUUUGUCCCAGUCGGGAUUGUUUUCACCUUGCAGAACCACCAUACCCCACAAGGAUUGUCUUUCAACCCAAUGAGAAGUAUUUCAACAUCACACAGUCACACUACAGCCCAAAGAUCCGCUUUCAAACCAACCAAGAAAGUCUCCAAGUUGCACAGACUCUGUGCUCAAAGAUGUGUUCACCACCCAAUCAGGAGUGCUACACUUUCAAACCCCCACAGUCCCCAUACCAAGCCAGGUAUACCAAAUCUCCCGCCAGGAUGCUGCCUCUGCUCCCUCCCCGUACCCGGCAAUCUUUAGAAUCCCUUUGUCACACCUAUCCUUUCCCCCCAAUCUCUAAAGGACCAAAGUUCUAAGUUUAAGAGGUUUUUGUUUAUUGCAUUGGACACACGUAGCAGGUCUUAGACUGUGGAGAGAAAGUUCUGGUUUGCUGCUGAUCAGCAAGCCCCCACACCUAGGGAGAUGCUCACAGUCUGAGGUAAGAUCAUGUUGUAUGUACCAGGACCAAGGUCCCACUUCCUACCAGUCUGUCUUCGUCUAUCUGCAAAGGCUGGGACAAAUAGGAUCUUCCACAAAGGUCUCUGUGGGAUAAUCUUUAAAU